AUGGCCAGAGGACCAGAGGCGGCGGUUGGCCGCGGUGGGUCGCGGCGCAUGCGCACAACCGGGCCCAGCCCAGGCCGUGACGACACGCGGCACGCGUCGAAGAUUGCCCUGUGUGGCGGAUGCUCUCACGACGACACCGUGGCACGCCACGUCGAUAUCACUGUGCGCAGGAGGAGCGGCGCAGCGAUGCAGCUGCGCGCGGACGGCGACAACGGCAGCAUGCUGCGCGAGCUAGAGUGCCUGCUGGCCGGCGCCGGCGCUGGAGACGCGGCCGCAGACGGGCCGCGGUGCGCGCGCUCCUGGGACCGCCUGCUGUGCUGGCCGGACACAGAGCCCGCCACGCUCGCCACCCAGCCCUGCUUCUCCGAGCUCAACGGCAUCCCCUACGACACUACCCAGAACGCGUCGCGGUGGUGCCACGCGAACGGCACGUGGUCCAGCUACAGCAACUACUCGCUGUGCCGCGACCUCAGCCCGCUGGCGGCCGACGAGCCCGGCGUCGAGGUGGCGACGACGCUCUACUUCAGCGGCUACGCCCUGUCGCUGGCAGCGCUCGCCGUCGCCGUCGCCGUCUUCCUGCACUUCAAGGAGCUGAGGUGUUUACGAAAUACCAUCCACACGAACCUCAUGUGCACCUACAUUCUAGCGGACUUCAUGUGGAUACUCACAACCACGCUGCAGAUCGCUGUGCAGACUGGUGCCACAUCAUGCGUCGCGCUCAUCUUGCUGCUCCACUAUUUCCAUCUCACCAACUUCUUCUGGAUGUUCGUGGAGGGCCUCUACCUAUACAUCCUCGUGGUGGAGACCUUCACAGUGAAGAACAUUGAGCUUAGUGCCUACGUGGCCAUCGGAUGGGGCUGCCCUGCUCUCUUCGUGGCGAUGUGGGGUCUCGUGAAGACUUUUGCGCCAAGAGAAAGGGACACUCAGACGACGGAACCGCUGAUGCGACAUUGCCCUUGGAUGAGCCCCGACAGCUACGACUGGCUGUUCCAGGCUCCAGCCAUCGCCGUACUGGCUCUCAACCUCAUCUUCCUAGUCAUGAUCAUGUGGGUGCUGAUCACGAAGCUGCGGUCUGCGAACACGGUGGAGACGCAGCAGUACCGGAAGGCCAGCAAGGCGCUGCUGGUGCUGAUCCCGCUGCUGGGCAUCACCUACAUCCUCAUGAUCGCAGGGCCCACCGAGGGUUUCUCCGCUGAGGUCUACGGCAAUAUCCGCGCCGUGCUCCUGUCUACACAGGGCUUCACGGUGGCGCUGUUCUACUGCUUUCUCAACUCGGAGGUGCAGACGGCGGUGCGGCACCGGCUGGACAGCUGGCAGACGGCUCGCAGUCUCGGCGGCGCUGGGUCCGGCGCCCGCAGGCUCAAGAGGUCCAACAGCCGCGACGGCUCGCCCAGGUCCCGCACCGAGAGUAUACGGAAAGCUUGA